CGCCAAAACCCUAACUUGCUUUCUUUAUUUUCCUGAAAGCUUCUCUCUCUGUGUUUUUUAUUUUGUUUUCAGUAACAUUCUUCAAAUUAUUUCCAUUUCCUUUUUCUUUUCCCCCUCCUGGUUUGUGGUCGGGGUUCGAGUUUUUAAGAUGAAUAUCGAGCAAAAGCAAGCCGAGUUCAUCGAUCACUUCGUUAAGCAAGCGUCGGCUCAGAAGGGGACAACCCUUGUUUAUGUUAUCGUCGAAGCGACGUCUCAUCCUUCACUCUUCACCUUCUCCGAGAUUCUUACCGUGCCCACCGUCGCUGAGGUAAAGACCUAUUCCGUCAUCAGUUUCUUUUUCUUACCGUGCAGUGUUGACGGGAUUGGGAAAAAGGGAGGGAUGAGAAUUGGAGUAAUGAGAGGCGGCGGCGGAGGAGGAGGAGGAGGAGGAGGAGGGGAGAGAAUGGAUAAGCUGAAAAAAGGUUCGAGAAUGAAGCUGUGGAUCAUACGCGCCGCUAUAUCGGUGUUGCUUUGGACUUGCAUCGUACAGUUAACGACCUUGAGAGAGACAUGGGGACCUAGCGUCCUUAAGAGUUGCCCUUCCUGUUUCUCUCAUCAAGAUUCUUUCGUUUCCGCCAUUGAAGACAAAGUUCCUUCCGUUCCCGCCCGUGUAAUUCCUCCCAAAAGGGUUUAUAAGAACAAUGGAUACUUGAUGGUUUCAUGUAAUGGAGGUCUCAAUCAAAUGCGAGCAGCAAUUUGUGACAUGGUUACCAUUGCAAGAUAUUUGAAUGUCACCCUUAUAGUCCCGGAGUUGGAUAAAACAUCCUUCUGGGCUGAUCCCAGUGAAUUUCAAUAUAUAUUUGAUGUGAAUCAUUUCAUCACAUCACUGAGAGAUGAGGUUUGGAUAUUAAAGGAGAUGCCUCCUAGGCUUAAGAGGAGAGUGGAAAUGAGGAUUGUGUAUUCGAUGCUGCCAAUUAGCUGGUCGGAUAUGUCCUACUAUCAUAACCAGAUUCUUCCUCUGAUACGGAAGUAUAAAGUUGUACAUUUGAAUAGAACUGAUGCUCGACUUGCCAACAAUGGACAGAGUUUAGAUGUUCAGAAGCUGCGAUGUCGUGUAAAUUUUAAUGCUUUAAGAUUCACUCCUCAGAUUGAGGAGUUAGGUAAACGAGUUGUUAAGCUUCUGAGGCAAAAUGGACCUUUCAUAGUACUUCACCUUCGAUAUGAAAUGGAUAUGCUAGCCUUUCCUCUCAAGAAUUUUCCUUUUGAGGAAAGUUGGAUCAGCUACGAAUAUGUUUUGAGAAAAAGGAUUUGAUUUCUGUGUACGAAGAUAAAGUGAAGGGUUUGGUGAAGAAACUUCUUGCUCUUGAUGGAGUUUCAGAAAGUGAGGUCUGCUUUGAAGAUUUCCUUUGGGCGAAUUCUAUAUUUUGGUCUCGUGCUCUGAACCUUCCUCUUCUACAUUCUUAUGUAUUUCCCCAAAUUCAAGAAGAUACCGAGACAACCUGUCCAAUUGAAAGAAGUUCUGAGGUGACCAUCAGUCAUAGUGGACUAAGUGGAGAGCCUGUUAAUGAAAUUGAUGGAAAAAGAUUUGAGGGUCAUGAGAAUGAUAACAAAGUCAAUGGAGAAACUUCCACAUCGAAACAAGAAGAAACUGUCUGGGUGGAGGGUCUUCUCCCUGGCAUUGACUUUUGCAACCAUGAUAUACUUGAAGGCAGUGGCAACAUGGGAAGUUCCUGUCCC